AUGUCUCACGGCGACCACAGCGGACACGACAUGCCCGACAUGCCAAUGCCUAUGUGCUCCAUGAACAUGCUGUGGAACACCCAGAUCGAGGACACCUGCAUCGUCUUCCCCGGCUGGCAUAUUCAGACGAAGACUGCCUUCGUGUUCUCCUUUUUCGCCGUCAUGGCCCUCGGCAUUCUGUACGAGUGGCUGCGUGUCGCGCAGCGUGACGUCGACCGCAUCAUCGCUCGCCGGCUGAUCGCAGACGGCAAGGGCAAGACUCGGCUGCCUAGGAGUGGGAGGGCGACCCCUGAGAGCGACUCGGAGGGCGCGGGGCUGUUGAGCGGGGUAUCAGUGUUAAAGAGCCAGCCUGGCACACCCCUUCCUCUUUCUGCCCGCGUGGCUAGGGCCGUGAUGUAUGGUCUGACGGUGUUCCUGUCGUUUUUCCUCAUGCUGGUGUUCAUGACAUACAAUGCUUAUUUGAUCCUCGCUGUUGUUGUGGGGGCAGCUGCCGGACACUUCAUCUUUGGCUCUCGUAUGGAUCUUAACAGCGCAUUGUCCGGCGCUGUAGAUGGUCGAGGGAUGGCUUGUCAUUGA